GCGGAGCAGUGGGACCUCCCGUGCUGAGGCGGCGCUGUGAGGAGGACUCUGGCCUCUGGACCACGCUGCCUCGGAUUUGUGGAUUGCCGAUUUCCGAAUCAUUCGGUUGGAGCGAGAGGGUAUGGGCAUGUUCGAGGAGAGUGACUGGAAUGAUGAUACAGAGGCCAGGGCUCUGACUGAGGCUAUCUUCCACAGGCAGGCACCCUCCUGUGUUAGUAAACAGAGCAGCCAGAGCCGGAGGAGUAAACGGGCGCUGCUGAAAACGCUGCGGGUGCUGAGAGCCGCAGGUACGGCCGAGGAGAGCGGAGCAGCACAGCCUGAGCUGGAGUGUGGCCCCUCUGGGGAGGCCAGGCUCAGCAAGAGGAAGCACCGGAGUCCAGGAGUGCAGGAGGCGGCUGCAAAGGCCCGCCGUGAGGGGCUGGGAACGGAAGCCGCAGCCGAGCUGCGGGUCGGGAGGGAGGAGUCGGGCCAGGAAGCAGGAGGGGAUGGGUCUAACAGCGUCCAGGGGAUGAGGGCAGGAACGCUCACCCGAAAACAGUGGAGGAAUUGGAAGAAGAAUCAGCGCAGGAGCAAGAACAAGUUCCGGCCACUGGGAGCAGGGAACACGGAGCAAGUGAGCGUCGCUGCCAGUCCUGGACCUGAGGGAGUGAGGUGUCAGGUCCCUACGGGGAAGGUGAAAGGACAGAGAGGGGAGGGUGGGAGUGACACUACUGCCCCCCAAAGCCAAGAGAUGGAGGUUAAUGGUGGGGCAGGGGGAGCAGUACCAUGGCCUCCUCCUGGGAAGGCGCCAGGAGGAGAGGCUCUGGAGGGGGACCAGUUACAAGGGACCUUGCCCCGGGACCGCUCCAGCACCCUGAGGGAUCGGAUGCAGCGACGGCUGAAGGCUGCCCGCUUCCGACUCCUCAACCAGCAGCUGUACACGACGAGCAGCGCAGAUGCCCAACAGCUCUUCGCACAGGACCCCAGUGCCUUCCACCUCUACCACCAUGGCUUCACCGCCCAACUCGAGCGGUGGCCCGAAAAUCCAGUGCAGCGCAUCAUCCAUUACAUCAAACGCAGGCCACGCUCUGCCAUUGUAGCUGACUUUGGCUGUGGAGACUGUAAGAUCGCCCGGAGUGUGGGCAACAGGGUGUACUCAUUCGACCUGGUGGCGCUCAACGACCUUGUGACUGUCUGUGACAUGGCGAAGGUUCCCCUGUCCGAUGCAUCAGUGGACAUCGUGGUCUUCUGCCUCUCCCUGAUGGGCACCAACCUGCUGGAUUUUCUGAUGGAAGCCAACCGUGUUCUGCGAGUGGGUGGAAUUCUGAAGAUCGCAGAAGUGGCCAGCAGAUUUGAAGAUAUUCGGAAUUUUGUCAAUGUUCUGGCACGUCUCGGCUUUAAGCUGCUUUCAAAGGACACAGAGAACCGCUACUUUUACAUGUUUGACUUCAAGAAGAGCCGGUCGCCCAGUGAGGGAAGUACACUCCCUCAGCUCCAACUCAAGCCCUGCCUCUACAAGAAGCGCUGAGGCAUGUCAAAGGGCCAGCGACCGUCAGAGGUGACUAGCCAGGCUGGCGCAACAGGAUAGGGACUCGGGUCAUACAGAAACCAGACUGCGGCAAAAGGAAUCUCAUCUGAAAUAUGUAGAGCCUUACGUGCUGCCUGUGGCCCAGGGGUGCCUUACACAAACCCUGCAGUCCGCGGUUCUGAAUGAGUUAAGCACUUUGUGUGAAUCUGAAUCAGGUCCUUAACCCGUGCAUCUGGUGUUCAAACCACCUUCCCCCCUUCCUUCCUCCUUCCCUCUAUCCCCGUCUCCCCCCUCAUUCCCCUUCCUCUCCCCCUUCUCUCCACCCCCUCUCUCUCCUCCACUCUCGUCCCCCUCACACCCCCAUCUCUCCCUCCCUCCCCCUCACUCUCCUCUCCCCCCUUGCUCUCCCCUUCUCUACCCUCUCUCUGUCUCUGCCCCUUCUCUACCCCUCUCUCUCCCCACCCUCUCUCUGUCUCCCUCUCUCUCAACCUUCUCUCUCCUCCCUCUUUCUCCCCCUCCCCUUUCCCUCCCGCUCUCUCUCUCACCCUCACACUCUCUGCCCUCAGCCCUCACUCUUGCUCUCUCAGAUAUACACACGGAUAGCAAAUGUAGGAGAUACAGGAGGAAAUUGGUUCUCAGACGGCCAGUGAAGCCCAGGGAAGGGAUUUUGGGGGCAGGUUUCGUGUCCCCUGUUUCAGGAGAGGAGAUGAGAUGAGAUAGAGAGGAAGGAGGGUUGCCUUGUGUUUUGGGAUCUGGGCAUCACUGACAGCUAACAUUAUCCAUCAUUUCUGGAUUUCCCUGCAGUCCAUGUGGCAGAGGUGUUCCUCACAGGUCCCUGUUGAAUCCAGAACACAGUGAUGCAGCCUUCUGGGGAGUGUGCCCCACAGUGCUGUUGGCAGAGAGUUCUAGGGUUUCGACCUGGUGAUGGUGAAGCAGUGUACAGACUGCUCUGUGUAAUGGGAGCACAGGGGUUGUAUUUCCGGAGUCACAGUCCUCCAGAAAGCAGUCAACAAACACAAAUUAAAAACUGAAUCACUGGGAGAUGAGAUAACAGAUGCCACAACCUGGAGCAAUGCAGGAGCUGCUGGAUGAAGUCAGUGGGUUUGGCAGCGUCUGGGGGGCAAGGUGGGAAGAAUUGGGCUUUGGGUUGUGAGGCAGGGACUCAACGCAAGCGCCAUGGGGGCGGUUCCAUGGUCGCUUGAGGUUAGCAUGAUACUAACACUGAUUGGGGCGGAGUUGGGAGUUCAAUUCUGGCACCGACUGAGGAGUUUGUACGUCCUCCUUGCCGAGUGCUGCAGUUUAUCCCGCAGUCGAACGAUGCACCAGUUAUUUGGUGCUUGUAAAUUGUCCUGUGAUUACGUGGGGGUUUAAUUGCUGGGUCGCUGGUUGCUGUGGCUCAUUGUGCCGGAAGGGACUGUUCUGCACUGUAUCUCUAAAUACAUUUUCAAAGAACGUGAGCUGAGUUUUCUCCACAGAUACUGCUGAACGGCUCAAUUCCUCCAGCAGCUCACUUCGCACAGCUUUAAAAAAUAAAUUCUGCGUGCAUUUA